CGCUGGGGCGGGGCGAACCCUUGGGUGACGGGGGAGAGGGGGUCCGGAGGCCACAGUGGCGACUGUGUCUGAGAGAGGAGGAAGCUGGCGGCUCCUGAUGCUGCUGCGUCCUCCGCAGGUGUAUGAGCAGCUCUAUGACACUCUGGAGAUCACAGGCAGUGCUGAGAUCCGGGCUCAUGCCACCGCCAAGGCCACAGUGGCUGCCUUCACGGCCAGUGAGGGCCACGCACAUCCCAGGGUGGUGGAGCUGCCCAAGACGGACGAGGGCCUGGGUUUCAACAUCAUGGGUGGCAAAGAGCAGAACUCACCCAUCUACAUCUCACGCGUCAUCCCCGGAGGCGUGGCUGACCGUCACGGAGGCCUCAAACGUGGGGACCAGCUGCUGUCAGUCAACGGUGUGCCAGCUGUGGUCCGGCCUGCCCUGCAGAGCGUGGAGGGCGAGCAGCACGAGAAGGCAGUGGAGCUGCUGAAGGCGGCCCAGGGCUCGGUGAAGCUGGUGGUGCGGUACACGCCCCGCGUGCUGGAGGAGAUGGAGGCCCGCUUUGAGAAGAUGCGCUCUGCCCGCCGGCGCCAGCAGCACCAGAGCUACUCGUCCUUGGAGUCUCGAGGCUGAAACCACAGAUAUGGACCCUCACCUUUCCCCUGUACAGUAUUUAUUGUCACUGGCUCCUUAUUUAAAGAUCUUUGAU